AUGAGGGCUAGUACUUGUACCCAACUGGACCACUUCCUCUCAGUCUGCCCCACCACUCUUACCAUUGACCUCCUUCAGAAGGCCCUCCUAGCUAUAGAGAAGAGCAUAGUGGCUGUAGGAGCCUCUCGUGUGCUGCGGCCGACCUUGUUGGCUUCGAGUCGGUCGGCGCUGCGUCUGCCCCGAGCGGGAGACGCCGCACCGGCAAGGGCAAGGGGGGCAAGGGCGCUGGAGGGGCUGGAGGGGGCGGUGGAGGUGGUGGUGGAGGCAGUGGAGGGAGUGGGGGUGGUGGUGGGAGUGGUGCCGGGGGUGGUGGCGGCGGCGGCAGAAGUGGAGGCGGCGGAGGCGGUGGAGGUGGUAAAGGGAGCGGAGGCGGCGGAGGUAGUGGAGGAGGCGGAGGUGGAGGAGGCGGCGGAGGCAGCGGCGGCAGCGGAGGCGGCGGUGGUGGAGCGGGUCGCGACUCUGCGCCGAGGAGUGGCGCCGGUGGUGGUCAGCGCCAGCAGCAAGAGCGGAGUGGUGUGA